AUAGCCACGUUCCUGUACUGGUCAGGAAAUUAACUCGUAGGCUAUUUUGAACACUGGGAAGAAACAGGAUGGGCCGCUUCGAUUCUUUGGAUCUGGCGAGACUCCCUGAACUUCCAAACGACACGCUGAUAUUGGCCAAAAUAAGAGGAGAAGUUGUGCCCAGGCAGCUACGGAAUUUAAGGACUUGUGAUUACGUGGACCUUCCCCGUGACCAGGGGCUUGGAGUUGCCCCUAGCCGCGUUUUCAAGACUCCACCUGAGACGCUGCCAAGAGCUGUGAAGAAAGAUCAGGUUCUUCAGCCUAUUCAGGUUCCACCUACUCUGCAUUUCUCCUACAAGACUAAUUGGGAGGACUACCUUGGGCCUUUUGACAUGGGCGUGACUUACGCCAUCAGUAUUUAUCACUUUGCCAUGAAAAAAUGGCAAAGGUGCCUGAGAACCGCGUGGCUGAUGGACAAGGAGGCAGCUGGCCAUGUCUGGGGACUCCUGGCACUUGUGUACCGAGAGACCAGAAGUGUGACAGGGCAGGACAUUGUCAAAUUGCUCAUGUCAAAUCCACUGGCCUUUGAGAAAGAUGAGAAUCCUCUCUCCUCUGGCGAAGGACACCAGGCCCUUGUCAACCUCAUCAUCUUUGGCAAAAAAGAAGAAGCUGAGCAAUUAGCCAAGAGGGAUGCUCUCUGGGACCAUUGGGUCAUCCUGAGGGGCUUUGCCAAAGGCGAAUGUGAUGCCAUUAUUAUGAGGCUUAUUAAACACCUCAAACCAAGUGACCCCAUGAAGACCUAUUUUCAAAUCUUGGCAGGGACAGUUCCAGCAGCUUCUUGUGAGUGGGGCAAUAACAGCUGGGGUGACUGGCGCCCUCACCUGGCCAUGGUUCUUUGCCAUCUGAACCAAAACGACCAGAAGAAGGAGAUCAUGGCAGCAAUGACAGCAUCCUUGAAAUUACAUGGAAGGCCCAACUCGGCAUUUCUCUGUGAUAUAAUAAUGCAUUUGCAUUGUGGCAUGUUUCUGGAGGUAUCCGAAUCCAGCAUUAGGGAAAACAGCAGUGGACCACUCCUGACCAGGGCAGAAGUCGAGAGGGGGGAGGUCUAUAAGUACGUGCUGGACCUAAGAACAGACCAGCCGUUCAUCUCAAAGUAUCAGAAUUACAGAGCAGUGUACUCCAGAAUGCUGUUGCGAGCUGGCUACAUCCAGCAAGCGCUGCAUUUCUGUGAGUCAGCGGGAACAGCACUGUUGUACUCUGAGGAGGUCAACCAUGGAUUUCUGGAGGACUUUGUGAAGCUUUGCUCAGAAUUCCACAGCAGCCAGCGGGACUUCGUUGCGCCCAAAUGGAUGGACGUCCUCAGGGAGAUGGCAGAGAAGAUCCUUCUGGAGAAACAGCACGGGUGUGUUAUCAUCAGGGCACCUAUGAAGGUCAGGGCUGUAAAGGCUAAAGUGGCCACAGAGCAGCCUGACACGGCCUCCACCUCUCCUGGCCAUCAGUCUGGCACUGCCACCACCACCACCUCAUCUCCUGACCAGUCCUCUGAUGACCAGUCUGGCACUGCCACCACCUCAUCUGAUGACCAGUCCUCUGAUGACCAGUCUGGCACUGCCACCACCGCUGCUGGUCUCCAGUCUGGCACUGCCACCACCUCAUCUGAUGACCAGUCUGGCCCUGCCACCACCGCUGCUGGUCCCCAGACUGGCACUGCCAUCUCCUCUCCUGACCAUCAGUCUGAUCCUGACACCAUCUCUCGCAACCAAGAGACCAAACCUCAGAAAAAGAGGAACAAGGGAUGCUUUGGAUGGCUCAGCUGUUUCAGGUGCUUCUGCUUCCGUAGGAAAAAGACCUAUUAGCACCCGUCACACAGUCUGAGAGAGAGAGAGCAGGGCCAAAGAAAGGCAGGG